AUGUCUUCCAUAACCUCAAUCGACCCAUCAGCAACAUCUGAGGUCCUGGGCCUCGACCCCCACGCCAUUCUUGCCUUUUUUGCCCGACUCAAGGAUCUCACUCCGUCAGAUGGAUUCAACAUGGUUCAGGCUGUGGCUAUAGAAAGAAACGGGCUAGUGAAUGAACUGACACAUUGGCAAAAGAAUGUUGUGGAUCUUGAGAAAGUUAAUCACGACAAGGAGACAACCAUCCGUGGCAUGUUCGAGACGUUUUCGAACGAGAAACAAUCCCACGAACACACACAGAGACAAGUGAAAGAGCUUGAAAAGACGAUUGAACAGCUCAGGGCGGAGGCGUCAAGGCUGAAAGAUAGUCUGUCCACCGCUAAGGCGCAGGCUAGAGCCCUCGAGGAGGAGAAUUCGAAGCUUCAGCGAUCGAUGAACGACACUCGCACUAGGUUGAUCACAAUUGAAGGCUUUUCUGCAGGACAUAUUGAAGGCGACGAAAAUUCUCUGAUCGAUGGGUUCACUGCUCUCUGGGGAUUCGCCAAGACAGAGCUGCGCCCGCUGCUGAAUAUUGAUCUCUCCACAGAAGCUGUCUCGAACGAUGCACUGUGGGAAAAUCUGAGACGCUGCGAGCUCGUUCAGAAUCAUCAGAUCCCCAUCCCCUGUUCCAAUACCCUGCCAGCGCAACACAUCCGUUUGGCAACCAUUCUCGCUCUUCUCGCGCGGGAGAUUGACAAAUACAUAUUCCAGCCAUGCUAUAUCAUCCCGGAGGAGACGCAUAUCCGUCAGGUUCUUUUUGAGCUUGCCGUGACAGACAGCGCAAAGGAAUCCUUUUGCCGGUCUUUGCUACAGUCCAUCAACACACCAGAUCAGAAAAAGAAUCUCUCGAAGAUGAUUCAGACCGUUGUCAAAAGCGUACUCUCAUACCUGGAGGGGUCAGUCCCAGAGACUCAUCUUGCAUCCAUGCGUACGGCCUUGGAGAGGAUUGUGAGCAGGGCAGCUGAUGUUUGGGACCCGAUACGUCGCGCGAAGCGCAGAUACGAGCUGGAUUUUGACCAACCGGGAGUUGACGAGACGUGGCUUCCAUUCACUGUAGACGAGCCCAAGCAGCCCAAGCCAGAAAUGGGACGGCCGCUCCAGGAGGAACCUGCUCUCACCAUCUUUCCGCGCCUUUCAGUCAUCGAAAAGGGAACCAUCACGACACAUACAGUUGUCAUCCAGCUGAGCAAAUCAUCAUCCAUCUUGCGCGAGGCUUUAAGUGAAAUAUCAAAGACACGGCAAAGUUCUGGUUUGAUCCGACUCAAGGGCAGAAGUUUGCUGAGCAAAUCAUCCAGCUCCAGUAGUCCAACCCAGUCAAAUGGGCAGACUAUCGGUGCCAGGAAGGCAGGCGGAAAAUGA